AUGUCAUCACUUAUUUCCAAAACCAUUAAAUUCGAUCCAACGAAGGACAAAAUAAUCACGUUGGCAUGUGGGUGCUUUUGGGGCACAGAACACAUAUACAGGAAGUACCUAAAUGACCGUAUAGUGGAUUGUAAAGUAGGCUAUGCUAAUGGAGCAGAAUCUAAAAAGGACAGUUCUGAUGGUGUUUCUUAUAAAAGGGUUUGUGGCGGUGACACAGAUUUCGCAGAGGUACUGCAAGUUUCCUAUAAUCCCAAAGUAAUAACUUUGAAGGAAUUGACGGAUUUUUUUUUUAGAAUUCAUGACCCCACAACAUCUAAUUCUCAAGGACCUGACCACGGGACGCAAUAUCGUAGUGGCCUGUUUGCUCAUUCAGAUGCAGAUUUAAAGGAAUUAGCUAAAAUUAAGGCAGAAUGGCAACCAAAAUGGGACAAUAAGAUUGCCACAAUUAUUGAACCAAUUAAGAACUUUUAUGAUGCUGAGGAGUAUCACCAAUUAUAUCUGGAUAAGAAUCCACAAGGUUAUGCAUGCCCUACUCAUUUCCUAAGGGAUAUUUAG